UGUUGACAUUUGGCUAGAACUGCCAGAAGUGAAAUGGCGUCAACACCGUCGUCGCAUUCGCGUUAGAAUCAUCGUUAUCAGGGAGUCCUUGCUGUCCUCGCUCCUGCAGCCGCCUGCGCACGAUAAUGUUCAACGAGCUUUACACGUUCCGCGCGAGAGAGAAGCGCCGCGAGUCGAUGCGGAAGUGAUAUCGCCGCCGCCGUCGUCGUCGGAUGGGUGCGAGGGGUGUGCACUGAGUCGCAGUCCGCAGCCCCCACGUUUACCAUCCCCAGGUUUUAUUUCAAUUUAAUUAUAUCUCUCUCUCUGUCUCUUCUCGCCGCGAAACGGUUAAUUGAUAAAAUUUAGUGUAAUUUAAGUUCGAAUUGGUUAAAAUGGCUCAACCCAUACCCAAUCAGAAGCGUAAUCGCGUGUCGGUGACCGUCGAGCCGUCCGGAUCAUCUUCAGGCACUUCUGCUUCAUCCAACAAUCAACUGUCACAGAUUCCCAAUCCUGGUACUCUGACUGAUGAAUUGGCCGCGCUGUUCGAAUGCCCGGUGUGUUUCGAUAUGGUACUGCCGCCGAUUAUGCAGUGCCAAGUGGGGCAUUUGGUUUGUGCCAGCUGCAGGCCCAAGUUGACAUGUUGUCCCACCUGUAGGGGCACUCUAGGUGAUAUAAGAAAUUUGGCGAUGGAGAAGGUGGCCAACAACCUGAUGUUUCCAUGCAAACACAAACAGAAUGGCUGCCGGAUGUCGCUUGGGCUCAAUGAGAAAGCCGAGCAUGAAGAAAUCUGCGAAUUUCGGCCCUAUAGUUGUCCAUGUCCGGGCGCUUCAUGUUCCUGGCAGGGUCAAUUAGAAAAAGUUAUGAUUCACUUAAAGCACGCGCAUCAAAACAUUACCACUUUGAACGGUGAAGACAUCGUUUUUCUGGCGACGGAGAUCAAUCUGCCUGGGGCUGUGGAUUGGGUGAUGAUGCAGAGUUGUUUUGGGCAUCAUUUUAUGCUCAUUCUGGAGAAGCAGGAGAAGGUGGAUGGGCAUACGCAGUUCUUUGCUAUUGUGCAGUUGAUUGGCUCGAGGAAACAGGCGGAACAUUUUGCCUACAGAUUGGAAUUAAACGGUAAUCGCCGUAGACUGACCUGGGAAGCAAUGCCGCGCUCGAGUCACGAAGGCGUCGCCUCCGCCAUCAUGGGCUCCGAUUGCCUGGUGUUCGACACGUCGAUCGCGCAGCUCUUCGCCGACAACAACAACCUGGGCAUCAACGUUACCAUAUCGGUGGUGUGCUGAGCGCGCGGCGCGCGUACAGUUGAGUAUCGAGGCGCCUGUGACGCGCUCCCCACACACACACUCAGCAGACUUUGGUUGGUUUUUAUUUAUUCUCAUUAUGCAACACAAGAACCGAAUGAACACCAAGAUAUCUCUAGUUAUCAAUAGCCACACACUUGGAAUAUCAGUAAGAAGAUGUUGUUACUUAUAAAAUAAGAUUAAACGAGUUAACGAAUA